CCCAUCACUAAACAAGAUUGUACUAAUUCUGGGUUUUCAAUUUUGUGGGAAUUCUGAAAUUGAAAAAAAAAAAAAAAAAGUUUCUUGGAGUAAUUUGGGUAGCAAUCAUGGCUGCUUUUGAAGAUUUGUUCUUAUUCUUCUUGCAAGUUAUUGGAUGAACAUGAUGGAAAUGUUGAGAGAAUUUGAGGGUUGUGUAUAAUAUGAUCAGAAGUUAUGGAACAAUAGAAAGAUUGAGAAACUUGUACAUAUGUGUUUUUGGUAAACAGUUUGAUGAAUCCGAUGUCGAAAACAUUAGGUUAUUUCGCGAUUAUUUUCGUUGUCUUGAUCUGUGUUUCGGCUACUGAUAAUGGGUUCUCGGGUUGUAAUUGUGAAGUUGAAGGUUUCUUUGGGUAUGGAAACAUAAUGGAAACACAAAAAGUUAGUGAUUUCUUGAUAGCCAUUGCUUAUUUUUCGAUCCCCAUUGAGCUUCUUUAUUUUGUUAGCUGUUCAAAUGUGCCUUUUAAAUGGGUACUAGUUCAAUUCAUUCUCUUCAUUGUGUUAUGUGGGAUGACACAUUUGCUCAACGGUUGGACUUACGAUGCUCACCCCUUUCAGUUAAUGCUUGCACUCACCGUUUUCAAGUUCCUUACCGCAUUAGUUUCUUUUGCAACUGCUAUCACUUUAUUCUCUCUAAUUCCGUUACUAUUGAAAGUUAAAGUGAGAGAAUUUAUGUUAAGAAAGAAGUUUUGGGAUCUAGGUAGAGAAAUGGGUAUGAUCAAGAAACAAAAGGAAGCGGGUUGGCAUGUUCGCAUGCUCACACAAGAGAUAAGAAAGUCCCUUGAUCGCCACACGAUACUUUACACAACUCUUGAUAAGUUAUCUGAGACUUUAGAUUUACUAAAUUGUGCAAUUUGGAUGCCGGACGAAGCUAAAACAGUAAUGAAUCUCACCCAUCAGUUAAAAGGGAAUGCAUCUUCUAGUUCUGAUCAAUUUUCCAUCCCGAUAAACGACUCUGAUGUUCAAGAAACUAAAAGAAGUGAAGUAGUGAGACUGUUGGAAGCUGAAUCAAGAUUAUCCGUGUUUAGUAGUGGAGGGUCUAGUCAACCUGGAGCCGUGGCUGCAAUCCGUAUGCCAAUGCUUCGAGUUGCUGACUUUAAGGGUGGGACACCUGAGAUGAUUCAAGCUUGUUAUGCAAUAUUAGUUCUGGUUCUUCCCGGUGGAAAUUUUCGAUCUUGGACUAAUUCUGAGCUCGAAAUAGUGAAAGUCGUUGCUGACCAAGUAGCCGUUGCUCUCUCCCAUGCUGCAGUUUUGGAAGAAUCUAGACUUAUGAGAGACAAGUUAGUUGCUCAAAAUCAAGCUUUGCAGCAAGCUAAACAGGAUGCAAUGAGGGCCAGCCAAGCUAGGAACUCAUUUCAAACGGUUAUGAGCAAGGGUUUAAGAAAACCUAUGCAUUCCAUCAUGGGUUUGCUUUCAAUCUUACAAGAUGAGAAUUCAAAUGGUCAACAACGUCUUCUUGUUGACACAAUGGUCAAGACAAGCAAUGUUCUUUCGAUGCUAAUCAAUGAUGUAAUGGAUGAUUCUUCAAAAGAUAAUGGGAAGUUCCCAUUGGAAAUGAGAUCUUUCAAGCUUCAUGGUAUGAUUAAAGAAGCAGCUUGUCUUGCAAAGUGUUUGUGUGCUUAUAAAGGUUAUGACUUUGACAUAAAUGUCGAUAAAUAUCUACCAGAUAAUGUAAUUGGAGAUGAAAGAAGGGUUUUACAGGUGAUCUUACAUAUGGUUGGAAAUCUGUUGAGUUGGGGCAAUGGAGGUGGUUGUUUGACUUUAAAGAUCUUAAGAGAGAGUGGUAGCUAUGGAAGGAAUGAUCAACAAUGGCGUUCUUGGAGGUCCAAUGAUCAACAAUGGCGUUUUAAUGAAGGAUAUAUAGUAGUGAAGUUUGAAAUCGGGAUUAAUGAUGCUUUUUCUAUGCUGGGACGGUCUUCCAGUGAUCAGAGAAGCCGUAGAGUUGUAGCAGAGGAAAGUUUGAGUUUUGGUAUGUGCAGAAAGUUGGUUCAGAUGAUGCAGGGGAACAUCUGGGUAGUACCAAAUCCAGUAGAGUUUGACCAAAGCAUGUCCCUUGUUCUUCAGUUUCAGCAUAGGUCUUCAAUCAUGAUAGGGGUAUCCGAAGCCAGUGAGUCUUCAAAUCAUCAACCACAAUCAAACUCGAUGUUUAAAGGCCUUCAAAUUCUUUUAGCUGAUGAAGAUGAUGUAAACCGGGCUGUAACCCGUAAGCUACUUGAGAAACUGGGCUGUGUGGUCACGACUGUGAGCUCUGGUUUUGACUGUCUCACUGCUCUCACCGUACCUGUAGCUGCUUACCAAGUCUUGAUUUUGGAUCAACAUAUGCCCGAUUUAGAUGGGUUUGAAGUUGCUUCAAGGAUCAGAAAGUUCAGGAGCCGCAAUUGGCCGUUAAUUAUUGCUACAACUGCUAGCACGGAUGAAGAGUUGUGGGAAAGAUGCAUACAAAGUGGAAUGAACGGAAUCAUUCAGAAACCAGUUCUUUUGCAGGGUAUUGCUGAUGAACUAAGGCGAGUUCUAAUCCAAGCCAACAAGGUCUGAUGAAGGUCAAACUCAAAGUCAAAACCGCUUAUCUAAGUUGGUAUAAGGUGGAUGAUUAGUUAACUAACAUAUCUAACUGAGGAUAGGGGGAUAUCUUCGAUAUUGAUUAGAGUUAUAUUAAUAUGUAUAGUGUUAAGAUGGGUUAAAUGCAGGUUUAGUCUUCUGUAUGAAAAUCCCAUUGAGGAAAUCAUUGAAAGGUGAAUAAGUUCGAGGGUA